AUGUCCAAUGUGUCAUCCCCCGCUGCCACCUCCGCACACAUGUUUCGUUUAGAAGCAUCUUACACUGAAUUUCGAAACCCUGCCCAAUCUUCCGCCAGGCUGUUUGAUGGUCCCUUUGUCACCGGCUGCUCAGCCUUCUUCAUUGAGAAGAGAUCUGCCCUCAUCCCACCCUCCCCGCCCUCAUCCCACCCUCCCCGCCCUCAUCCCACCCUCCCCGCCCUCAUCCCACCCUCCCCGCCCUCAUCCCACCCUCCCCGCCCUCAUCCCACCCUCCCCGCCCUCAUCCCACCCUCCCCGCCCUCAUCCCACCCUCCCCGCCCUCAUCCCACCCUCCCCGCCCUCAGCCCACCCUCCCCGCCCUCAUCCCACCCUCCCCGCCCUCAUCCCACCCUCCCCGCCCUCAUCCCACCCUCCCCGCCCUCAUCCCACCCUCCCCGCCCUCAUCCCACCCUCCCCGCCCUCAUCCCACCCUCCCCGCCCUCAUCCCACCCUCCCCGCCCUCAUCCCACCCUCCCCGCCCUCAUCCCACCCUCCCCGCCCUCAGCCCACCCUCCCCGCCCUCAUCCCACCCUCCCCGCCCUCAUCCCACCCUCCCCGCCCUCAUCCCACCCUCCCCGCCCUCAUCCCACCCUCCCCGCCCUCAUCCCACCCUCCCCGCCCUCAUCCCUCCCUCCCCGCCCUCAUCCCACCCUCCCCGCCCUCAGCCCACCCUCCCCGCCCUCAUCCCACCCUCCCCGCCCCACCCUCCCCGCCCUCAUCCCACCCUCCCCGCCCUCAUCCCACCCUCCCCGCCCUCAUCCCACCCUCCCCGCCCUCAUCCCACCCUCCCCGCCCUCAUCCCACCCUCCCCGCCCUCAUCCCACCCUCCCCGCCCUCAUCCCACCCUCCCCGCCCUUAUCCCACCCUCCCCGCCCUCAUCCCACCCUCCCCGCCCUCAUCCCACCCUCCCCGCCCUCAUCCCACCCUCCCCGCCCUCAUCCCACCCUCCCCGCCCUCAUCCCACCCUCCCCGCCCUCAUCCCACCCUCCCCGCCCUCAUCCCACCCUCCCCGCCCUCAUCCCACCCUCCCCGCCCUCAGCCCACCCUCCCCGCCCUCAUCCCACCCUCCCCGCCCUCAUCCCACCCUCCCCGCCCUCAUCCCACCCUCCCCGCCCUCAUCCCACCCUCCCCGCCCUCAUCCCACCCUCCCCGCCCUCAUCCCACCCUCCCCGCCCUCAUCCCACCCUCCCCGCCCUCAUCCCACCCUCCCCGCCCUCAUCCCACCCUCCCCGCCCUCAUCCCACCCCCCCUGCCCUCAUUGUCCCCCGCCACCAACCUGUCGUCAUGAUCACGAACGCGGUUCGACUCAACGUGGAACCCACGGAUUCUUAG